AGCAGUGAGCGCGCCUUCUACUUCGCGCAAGGACUACGCUCCUUCUCGCCGGGAUAACUGACACGCACAGUGAAUUAUCAAUCUAUCGUAUCGAUCAUUUCCACUGCCGAAACUCGUUUUUUUUAAAAAGUGCACAACGGAAAGUAACCUCAUGCGUGAACCAUUCCUCGUAAUCCAACAGUGAACUCACAGACAGGACUAGAUCAACGUUUGAAAAUUGCGAUCCAUCGUCUCAGUGUCAGCUCCUACUCUGUCCUUUCGUGGUUUUGACAGACACCAUAGGAAUUUCGAAUCAGUCGCGAUUAACCAACAGAAAGUUCGAAAUCGUUAAACAAAUUCCUUAAGCGCUAUCGGUUUCAUAACGACCAGAGGAGCUUUUGGAAGGGUCUAUAAAAAUACGUUGACCCCACCUGGUCAACUCCACCUGUCUACCAAGGGUCGCCACCGCUUUCUCGCCGAUAAAACCGUCGCGAAGACGCAGAUGGGAGCCUAAAGUGUUGACAUUUCCUCCCCGUCGUCGAUUCGGAAGUUUUAAACGCGAGUAUCGCCGCUGGAGUACGUGGAACAUCUUCGAUCCUCCGUGGUACACCAUGGACCGACGACAGCGUGCGUAUCCUACCGCGAUAGCAUCCGAUGGAUCCUAAUGACGCCGUUUGGGUGUCGUCAGUGUCGUCGGUAUUAUCUAUUCGCGUCGCGCAAGUUAUUUUAAAAAAGACGCCCGUUACGUCACUAUCGACGAACGAUGACGGACGCCCGUGCGAAGCGUAGCAGCGUACGAAGCCAUCGUUAAUGAACCGUGUACGAAACAUGCGAUUAACCGAUCGAGUAGCCCCAUUAAUAACGGCGAAGACGCUCCACAAAGAACGCACGCAGUCGCCCCGAUGGGGGAUGACCAACGGCUUAAAAAAAGGACGAGAUCCCUCAGCGAGGUGCAUUCUUGUUCAAACGUUUCGUGAAUGACACUCCGUUCGCGUUUGAUAGCGUGUGAUUCUGUUUAAGACUAGUAGAAAGGUACCUCGUCGCGAAGUUAACAACUCUGGACAAUUUGUUCCAUACUCUCUUCCAUGUAUUCUUGUUCAAACGUUUCAUGGAUGAAUUCUGUUCGCGUUUGAUAGCGUGUGAUCCUGUUUAAGGUUGCUCGGAGCAUCGGAUUGUCCCUGUCGAGAAAUUAGACAAUUUGUUCCACGAUCGAGGUAAACGUCGAUGAGGUGAAUAAUAGACGAGCAACGAACGACGGAAGUCGGGGUGUGAAGUUGUGGAAAAGCGAGUGCGGUGUGAAGUUUGCGCGACGGACGCAGGUAGGUCCUGGAAGACGUAGGACCGGUUUGACGUAGGAGUUCCAAGCCGUUCCCAGGACUGGAUUCGUCGAAACUUGUCAGUUGUCUCGACCUACUUGCUAUCCAAGCAAGAGGACGAUAUUCGAGCGAGGGAGGAGAAGGAGCUUGAGAGGACUGUUCGGCCAAACACAGUCGUAGGAUGAAGGGGAUGCUUUUGCUGAUGAGCGUGAUGGCUCGGUUUGUCGCGGCGGAAGUUUUCCUCGGGAACGUCGACGAGCCGAUUCCUGUAUUAGACGCGGUGGCCGUGUCUGGCUUCGAGGCUCAAAUACCUUGCAACAUUGAUCCACCGACUAGAGACGAGGUGGUGAGCAUGGUUUUUUGGUACAAAGGCGAAAGGAAUGGCGAACCAAUAUACAGCGUGGACGCUCGCGGCAGAUCGAUAGGUCAGGCAAAGCUUUGGUCAGAUCCAUACGUAUUCGGUGAAAGGGCAAAUAUGAGGACGGACGUGGAACCUGCGAAAUUGGUGAUCAAACCCUUGAACAAGACUGACGCGGGAGUGUACAGAUGCAGGGUGGAUUACAGGAAUAGUCCAACGAGAAAUCACAAGGUCAACCUUACGGUGAUAGUGCCACCGAACAAGCCGGUGAUUUACACCGGCGACGAUAGAAGUUUGGCUAUGAUACAGCAACCCUUCAACGAAGGCAGCAAGUUGUCGUUAUUGUGCGCGGUAGAGGGAGGUUCGCCACCACCGAAGGUCACGUGGCAUUUCGAGGGGAAAAUGUUGGACGACACGUACUCACUGGAGCAUGGUGUCACUAUAAAUCGAUUGGAUAUCUCGAACGUCACGAGGGAGUACCUCAGGGAUAAUCUGACUUGCCGCGCGACCAACACGCAUCUCGUGUCAGCUCUGACUUCCGAGAUCACUUUAAACAUUAAUUUGAAACCAUUGGUAGUGAAUAUCAUAAAUAAAAGAGCACACUUGUCGGCGCUAAGGACGUACGAAAUCGAGUGCAUCAGUUCAGGUUCCCGGCCCAAGGCUGUGAUCACCUGGUGGAAAGGUAGCCACCACGUCAAAGAUAUGGCCAGAAAUUUUCUAGAUGAUCCGAACGUUACUAGAAGCAUAUUGAGUUACGUGCCGACCGUGCAGGACGAUGGAAAGAACCUGACUUGCCGAGCCGAGAAUACAGUUGUACCUGAUAGCGCGUUAGAAGACAGAUGGCAUCUACUGGUUCAUUAUUCGCCAAUAGUGACAAUCAAGCUAGGCUCGAGUCUCCGAGCAAACGACAUAAACGAAGGCGACGACGUCUAUUUCGAAUGCGACGUUCAAGCGAAUCCAAAGGCGUACAAGAUGGCAUGGCUCAAAGAUGGCAAAAAAUUGCAUCAGAACGCGACAGCUGGAAUUUUACUCCCCAGCGGCCAAUCUCUGGUUUUGCAAAGCGUGACUAGAAAUUCCGCCGGUGAAUAUUCCUGCAUGGCGGCCAAUAUCGAAGGGAAAACCACCAGCAAACCAGUGACGCUCACGAUAAUGUACGCACCGAUCUGCAAGGACGGUUCUUUCACCCAAGUGGUCGGCGCCCUGAAGCACGAGACGAUUUCGCUGGUAUGCGAAGUGCAAUCGAAACCGCCGCCGACGACUUUCCAUUGGACCUUCAACAAUUCCGGGGAUCUGAUGAACGUGCCGGCCAAUCGAUUCACGCAGGUCAAAUCCCUGAGCCUAACCACCAGCCACUGGCACGGGCCCAGGCUGAAUUACACACCGGAAAACGACAUGGACUACGGGACGGUCGCCUGCUGGGCGGAAAACCGUAUAGGGGUGCAAAAGACGCCCUGUCUAUUCCAGAUCAUCGUGGCAGGGAAACCCUAUCCCCUGCAGAAUUGCACGGCGCUCCAGUCGACUGGACCCUACGCGUAUCGAAUGGGCCACGAGGAUUUUAAAGCCACCGACUCGAGAGACGCGGACUGGUUGAUCGUCAAAUGCUCUGAGGGAUUUGACGGCGGUUUGCCAUUGACUAAUUACGAAAUCGAGGUCUACAGCGAGGAGAACGUUCGCCAUGUCAAUACCAUUCCCCUGAACCACACAGAGAGAUCCAGUUCGUCAGGUCCAGUUUUCGAGGUUCCUGGUUUAGAGCCUGGCCGUAACUACAGGCUUAAUCUUUACGCUGUCAACGCCAAAGGACGAAGCGACGCCGUAGUCCUCGAGCCGGUCACCCUCAAAGGAGUCGCGAUGUACACCACCGGUCUCGGAACUACCGAAGAGAACACGGACUACAGCCUUCUGGUCGCUUGUUUCGCUGGAGGGGUAACGGCCAUGUUCAUCGUGAUCCUCGGGAUAACUUUGACCUUGUAUCGUCGCAACCAACCGAUACAGACGGUCGUGCAGUACGGGCAGAAAGACGAUCGGGUGGUGAUCGCGCCGUUCAGCAAGGACUCCGGGUCCGAAUCCAAGGAGCAAAUAUCAGCCGACAUGCUCGACGACGAUCCCGACGUGAUUCCAAACAAGAUGGACAAGCGACCGGACAUCUUCGAGCCGAACUGCGGGACCGUCAGAAUGGGAAGGACGAACGACUUCGGUCAUCUGGAGGACCUCGAUUAUCCGUCGCCGUCGUCGGUUUUACACACCUGGAUCUAUCCGAACGGUUACGUGGAGAAAGUGGGAAAAAGUCUGAGCCCGAUGCGACCGAGCACGCUUCCGGUUCAUCGCGCCCUUGAUAUUUACACGAGAAGUCCCCGCGUCCAGGAAAGUUGUAUAUAGACGGUUAUGGAUCGCCGACGGACGCUCGUGUCCUGUUCUGCGAACGGCUGUGGAACUUUGAUACAGCGAUCGGGUGACUGUUGCUUGGAUCCUGUUUAACUGGGACACCGGAAAGUGUAGUUGAGAAGGGGCAAACGUUCGACGUGAUGGACGCUUAAAAAAUGAAAUGUUGAGCUGAAGGAAUGUUGAGAUGGAUGAAGCAACCCCCGCAAGGUUGGACCUGGUUAGGUUUGUAGAUUGAAUGGAAAACGGGGGAUCGAUGGAGAUUUAUUUUCACUCUGUUGCUUGGAUCCUGUUCGUUGGAAUAAGAUAGCGGACGUGGGUAUACUUGGGAACGAUUUGACGCAAUGGACGCUUAAAAAAUGAAGGUCGAGAAAUGUUAGGGUGAACGACAUUAAAAACGAAAAGUAAAAAAGCUCGAAAAAUGAUGAGAGGGUUGUUGUGGUUUGGGUCGCCUUAAAAUAGUCGAUUUUCAGGAAUUUUUUUUCGUGGGAAUGUAAAAGAAUAUUAAAACAGAGUUAAUUGUAUAUAACAUUAAGCAAUAAUGAAACCGCUCGAUUACAUUGUUUUUCAUUGAAAAUUUCUCUCCAAUAAAUAUCGAAACAUCCGUUUUGUUUCGAAGGUACCAUUUUAAGUAUAGUUAAAAUACAAUUUUUAAGAAAUUAAUUUUUUCACCCACUCGAACCACGGCACACCCUUAAGUUGGAUAAGGAACCCCCACAUGAUCGGGUACGAUUAGCUUUUCGAGCUAAGGAUGGAUGCAGACUAUUUUUACUCUCCGAUGCGAAUCUAUUUGCAUCGACUCAUGCCAAAAGCGUCGAGCACACUUACAGACGUUUGUAAAUAGACAAUAAGUAUCGUUAAGAUUCCCUCCCGAACUGUCGAAGACUUGCUCUUAUUUUUCACCUAGGUUAAGUAACGUUUAAGUAGGUGUAACGACGAUCAACGGACGAAGAUGAUGGUCUCCUUCGAUUUCCGGCGUUUGUAUAUAGACAAUAAAUUUCCUUCCUUGAAUGUUCUUGUACCGGCCAGAAGUUUCCCGUGCUCGGUCUCAGCGACGUGGUUCCCUGUCGAAAAUCAUUUUCGUGAGAAUGUUUGGUGUACCGUGAAAACGAACGCGUUUACCACGCUUCGUGGCCAACCGAUUUCGUCGAACCCUUUAAACGGCAUAUAAACGUUUGUAUAUAUAGAUAAUAAACCUCGUUAUUUAAUAACUU